AUGACGUCGCCGUACGCCUCGCCGUUCCUGCUCUCCCUGCUCCUGCUCCUCUCCAUCCCGGUCGUCUUCCUCCUCGCGCCGCGCCUGCUCCCGCCCAAGACGCUCCCGGCCAUCCCGGACGCCGACGAGUCCGACGACCUCGCCCUCUUCCGCCGGGCCAUCCUCUCCUCCUCGUCGGCCACUCCCACGCCCCCCACCUCCGCGGCCUCCUACUUUUUCCGCCGCCGCCCGGCGCCCAAGAUCGCCUUCCUCUUCCUCACCAACUCGGACCUCGUCUUCUCCCCGCUCUGGGAGAAGUUCUUCCGCGGCCACACCCACCAAUUCAACCUCUACGUCCACGCCGACCCCUACUCCUUCCUCGAGCUGCCGCCCACGCCAUCCUUCCGCGGCCGCUUCGUCCCCGCCAAGGCCACACAGCGCGCCUCCCCCACCCUCAUCUCCGCCGCGCGACGCCUCCUCGCCACCGCGCUCCUUGACGACCCCAACAACCAGUUCUUCGCGCUCCUGUCGCAGUCCUGCAUCCCGCUCCACCCGUUCCCCACCCUCUACAACGCACUCCUCUCUGACAAUGCUGGCCCUCAUAGCCGCCACCGCAGCUUCAUAGAGAUAAUGGACAACAUGGACAACGACACCAAGCUGCUGCAUGACAGGUACUAUGCCCGGGGUGACGAUGUCAUGCUCCCGGAGGUUCCGUAUGAUCAGUUCCGUGCUGGGUCGCAGUUCUUUGUGCUCACGAGAAGGCAUGCCAUCAUGGUCGUGAGGGAUAUGCGGCUUUGGAAGAAGUUCAAGUUGCCCUGUCUGAUAGAGCGCAGGGAUUCAUGCUACCCGGAGGAGCAUUACUUCCCUACACUGCUGGAUAUGCAGGAUCCUGAGGGUUGUACUAAGUAUACCCUAACAAGGGUAAAUUGGACGGAUUCAGUUGCGGGACACCCACACAUGUAUGGGCCUGGAGAGGUAUCGGCGAGCUUGAUCAGGGAGCUGAGGAAGUCGAAUAUGACACACUCUUACAUGUUCGCCCGCAAGUUUUCUCCUGAGUGCCUUGAGCCUUUGAUGGAGAUCGCAGACUCAGUCAUCCUACGUGACUAG